AUGUCGUCUUCGUCUACCCAAAAAGAGGCCACUGAGCCCGUCCAACAGCGACCAGAGCUCUCUCGCUCGCCGUCGUUGUUCGCUCAUGUCCCUGCCUCACCCGUCACUGGACCCGUUCAGGACGAUGCCAACGCCGUCGACGGCGUUCUUGAACUGGCUGACGGAACAGCCUACAGAGGUAUCAGCUUUGGUGCUGAAGGAAAGAGCGUUGCUGGCGAAUGCGUUUUCCAGACCGGUAUGGUUGGAUACACAGAGUCCUUGACGGACCCGUCGUACGAAGGCCAAAUCCUCGUCCUCACCUAUCCUCUCUUGGGCAACUACGGUGUCCCAGCACGCCCAGCCUCCUGGGACGACCUCCCCGAACACUUUGAAUCGUCAAGGAUCCACGUCGCCGCUCUCAUUGUCGGAAACUAUACAGAAGACUACAGCCACUUCCUGGCCAGCUCUUCUUUGGGAGCAUGGCUCAAGGAGAACGGUGUCCCCGCUCUUUUCGGUGUCGAUACUCGCGCCCUCACGAAAAGGAUCCGCGAAAAAGGAUCCAUGCUUGGUCGCGUCCUUGCUCGAGCCGACGGCCCUCGAGUCAGCCGUCCCCAGGCCUCCCUCAUCUCAUCCGUCCCAUCCACUCCCUACCCUUGGAGAGAAGAAUACAUCGACAUUCCCUUCAGCAACCCUUACGAGAAAAACCUCGUCGCCCAGGUUUCAAUCGCUGCCCCUCGGGUAUACGCACCCACAUCCACCCCUCGCCUCCACCCCUCCGGUCGUCCCUUGAGGGUUCUCGCCAUCGAUGUUGGAAUGAAGUUCAAUCAGAUCCGAUGCUUCAUCAACCGCGGUGUGGAGCUCAAGGUUGUCCCCUGGGACUACGACUUCCUCGCCGAGUCCGAGCCCUAUGACGGUCUCUUCGUUUCCAACGGUCCAGGUGACCCCACCAAGGUCCCCAUUACCGUCGAGCGCAUCCGCAAGGCCAUGGAGGGCGACAUGCCCAUCUUCGGGAUCUGUCUUGGUCAUCAGCUCAUCUCCCUUGCUGCUGGUGCGAAGACUUCCAAGAUGAAGUAUGGUAACCGUGGUGAAAACAUCCCUUGCACGGACGUUCUUUCCGGCCGCUGUUACAUUACCAGCCAGAACCACGGUUAUCAAGUUGACGCAUCUACAUUGCCCAUUGGUUGGAAGGAACUCUUCAGGAAUGCCAACGAUGAAAGUAAUGAGGGCAUCUACUGCGAGACCAAGCCCUUCUUCUCCGUCCAGUUCCAUCCCGAGUCCAACCCUGGCCCUCGCGAUACCGAGUUCCUCUUCGACGUCUUCAUCCAGAACGUCGCAGACUCUGCGGCCACUGGCUACGUUGGUCCCCUCCAGCUCCCUGGUGGCAAGAAGGAAGACAACGAGAAGCGUGUUCCCCGCGUCAACGUCUCCAAGGUCAUCAUCCUCGGUUCCGGAGGUUUGUCGAUUGGUCAAGCUGGAGAAUUCGACUACUCUGGAUCCCAGGCGAUCAAGGCCCUCAAGGAGGAGGGUAUCUACACCAUCAUGGUUAACCCCAACAUCGCCACCAUCGCUACCUCCAAGGGUCUCGCCGACAAGGUCUAUUUCCUCCCCGUCACCCCCGAUUUCGUGCGCAAGAUCAUCAAGUACGAAAAGCCCGAUGGUAUCUACGUUACCUUUGGUGGACAAACCGCUUUGAACGUCGGUAUCAAGCUCAAGGAUGAGUUCGAGGAACUCGGCGUCAAGGUCCUCGGUACCCCCAUCGAAACUAUUAUCACCACCGAGGACAGGCAGUUGUUCGCUGACGCCAUGGCUGAGAUCGGCGAGAAGUGCGCUGAGAGUUGCACGGCUACCAACUAUGAUGAGGCUCUCGCCGCCGCCAAGAACAUUGGCUUCCCCGUCAUCGUUCGUGCUGCAUACGCUCUUGGUGGAUUGGGCAGUGGUUUCGCCCAAGAUGAGAAUCAAUUGAAGACUCUCUGCGACAAGGCUUUCGCCACCAGCCCUCAGGUCUUGGUCGAGAAGAGCAUGAAGGGAUGGAAGGAGAUCGAGUACGAAGUUGUUCGGGAUUGCCGAGACAACUGCAUCACUGUUUGUAACAUGGAGAACUUCGACCCUCUUGGCAUCCAUACCGGAGACUCCAUCGUCGUCGCUCCUUCUCAAACCCUCUCCGAUGCCGACUACAACAUGCUCAGGACCACUGCCAUCAACGUCAUUCGGCACCUCGGUGUUGUUGGUGAAUGUAACAUCCAGUACGCUCUCAACCCUACCUCGCAGGAGUACUGCAUUAUCGAGGCAAGUCGAAUGUCCUUUAUUUCCACCGGCUACCCUCUUGCCUUCAUUGCCGCCAAGUUGGGUCUCGGAAUCCCGCUCAACGAGAUCAAGAACUCUGUCACCAAAGUCACCUCAGCAUGCUUCGAGCCCAGCUUGGACUAUGUCGUUGUCAAGAUUCCACGAUGGGACUUGAAGAAGUUCAGCAGGGUUAGCAGGUUGUUGAGCAGCAGCAUGAAGAGUGUUGGUGAGGUCAUGGCUAUCGGAAGGACGUUCGAGGAGACGUUCCAGAAAGCUAUUAGGUCUAUUGACGAUCAGUUCUUGGGCUUCGCGAAGAACGCCUUGGUUGAGGAUAUCGACGAAGAGCUUGUCAACCCCACCGAUAAGCGCGUCUUCGCCAUCUCCACUGCGUUCCAUCGUGGAUAUAGCGUCGACAAGGUUUGGCAGAUGACCAACAUUGACAAGUGGUUCUUGAACAAGUUGCAUGAUAUCUUCAAGAUUGAGCAGAAGCUCUCCCUCAGUGUCGAUCUCCUCCGCCGAAGCAAGCAGUACGGUUUCUCGGAUAGGCAAAUCGCCGCUUGCAUCAGCUCGACAGAACUUGCUGUUCGACGUGUCCGACAAGAGAACGGUAUCGCCCCCUUCGUCAAGCAGAUCGACACCGUCGCCGCCGAGUUCCCUGCCUUCACCAACUACCUCUACACCACCUACAAUGCUGUCGAGCAUGACAUCAAGUUCGAAGACCGUGGCAUCAUGGUCCUCGGUUCUGGUGUCUACCGCAUUGGUUCCUCCGUCGAGUUCGAUUGGUGCGCAGUCCGUGCAAUCCGUACCCUCCGUGACCAAGGCAUCCCCACCGUCAUGGUCAACUACAACCCCGAAACUGUCAGUACCGAUUACGACGAGGCCGAUCGCCUCUACUUCGAGAACAUCAGUCUCGAGACCAUCCUCGACAUCUACGAGAUCGAGCACUCCCGUGGUGUUAUCCUCUCCAUGGGUGGUCAGACCCCCAACAACAUCGCUCUUCCUCUCCACCGCCAGAACGUGAAGAUCUACGGCACCUCACCGGAGAUGAUCGAUACCGCUGAGAAUCGAUACAAGUUCUCGCGAUUGUUGGAUGAAAUCGGUGUUGACCAGCCACAAUGGAAGGAGCUCUCGAGCUUCGAGGCCGCUGUUGCCUUCUGUGACUCCGUCGGCUAUCCUGUCCUCGUCCGACCUUCUUACGUUCUUUCCGGCGCCGCCAUGAACGUCGUCUCCACCAAGGACGACCUCGCCAACUACCUCACCCAGGCCGCUGAAGUCUCUCGCGAACACCCUGUCGUCAUCUCCAAGUACAUCGAGCAGGCCAAGGAGAUCGAGAUGGACGCUAUCGCCAAGGACGGCAAGAUGGUGAUGCACUACAUCUCUGAGCACGUCGAGAACGCCGGUGUCCAUUCCGGUGAUGCCACCCUCAUUCACCCUCCUCAAGAUCUCGACCCUCAAACUGUCCGCCAGAUCGAAGAGGCCACGGCGAAGAUCGGUAACGCUCUCAAUGUUACUGGUCCCUACAACAUUCAGUUCAUCGCCAAGAACAACGAGAUCAAGGUCAUCGAGUGCAACCUUCGUGCUGCGAGGAGUUUCCCCUUCGUCUCGAAGGUCACUGGCAUCGAUGCCAUCGAGAUGGCUACGAAGGUUAUGCUUGGCUUGCCUGUCGAAGCGUAUCCUGACCCUGGCCUUCCCUCCGACUAUGUGGGUGUCAAGGUGCCGCAGUUCAGCUUCAGCAGGUUGUCGGGUGCGGACCCUGUCCUCGGUGUGGAGAUGGCCUCGACCGGAGAGGUAGCGUGCUUCGGAAGGGACAAGUACGAGGCCUACCUCAAGGCGUUGAUCUCGACUGGUAUCCACCCUCCCAAGAAGAAUAUUCUGUUCUCGGUGGGAAGCUACAGGGAGAAGCUGGAGAUCUUGCCGUCGGUUCAGAAGUUGAGCGCUGCCGGGUACAACAUCUUUGCUACCUCUGGUACCGCCGACUUCUUGACUGAGCACAACGUUCCUUGCAAGUAUCUCGAGACCCUCGGAUCGGAUGGUGGAGAGCAAAAGUCGGAAUACUCGCUCACUCAGCACCUCGCCAACAACCUCAUCGACAUGUACAUCAACUUGCCGUCCAAGAAUCACUACCGCCGUCCCGCCACCUACGCUAGCAAGGGCUACAGGACUCGUCGCAUGGCCGUUGACUUUGCGAUCCCCCUCAUCACCAACGUCAAGAACGCCAAGAUGCUCGCCGAGGCUCUCAUUCGCAACCUGCCUCUGGACGUGUCCAACGUGGACGCGAAGAGCUCGCACCACACCCAUACCUUCCCUGGUUUGGUGAACGUCGCUGCGUUCGUCCCACAGUUGAUCACUCCGGGCAGCAAGGAGCUUGCGGCUGCUACAGAGGCCUCAAUCCGAAGCGGCUUCACUACUGCUUUGAUCUCUCCUGUUGGAGCGGAUGGUAGCAUCACCACUCGCCAGACGCUCGAGCAAGUCCGUGGAGAGAUCGCGGGAUCUGCUCAUUGCAACAUCGCGUUCAGCAUCACGGCCACUCCGGACAACGUCGAGGCGAUCGAUGAAGAGGUCCAAGCUGAAGUGAAGAGUCUGUUCGUCCCAGCGUCGACACCCGUUUCUGCUGUCGCCGCUCACUUCACGUCCUGGAUUGUGGAGAAGCCGGUGGUCACGGACGCAAAGGGCGCAGAGUUGGCGUCCAUCCUGCUUUUGGCAAGCCUCAACAACUGCAGUGUCCACGUCACCAAUGUCCAGAGCACCGACGAUCUCUUGCUCAUCUCAUUGAGUAAGGCCAAAGGUCUCAAGGUGACCUGCGACGUUUCGAUCUUCUCGCUAUUCUUUACCAAGGACGAGUUCGAUGGCGCCUCCAUUCUUCCAUCGGCCGCAGACCAGAAGGCCCUUUGGGAUAAGCUCGAUAUCAUCGACGCCUUCUCGGUUGGCCCUACUCCGUAUCAACUCGCCAAGGCCUCGAGCGAAGCCGGAUCCGUGUUCUCAGGGACUGAAGAGGCACUCCCCUUGUUGCUGACAGCGGUCGUCGAAGGUCGCCUGACCCUUAAUGACAUUCGCAAGCGUCUGCACGAUAACCCUGUCUCCAUUUUCGGUAUCCCAGAUCAGACCCAGACGACCGUGGACGUUGUUCUUGGCCGAAAGGCACCAUUCAGGAAGCACAGCGAGGCCUGGUCUCCUUUGGAGUUGAGGCCUGUUUCCGCAUUCGUCCACCGUGUGGUCGUUCAGGGCCAGACUCUUUUCUUGGACGGUUCGUUGGUUGCUUCCCAUCAAGGUCGGGAUAUCUCUGCCUUCACGCUUCCCCCUGUUAUUCCAGCCAAGGAACAAGAGAUCAUUGCUCCUCCUGUCGCGACUUCCACCGCCUCUGUUACCAGCCCUGUACCUUCGACUUCGCUUCAGCUUCAGCAGCAGCAACAUCUCCCACCUGUCAGCACGCAUUCAUUAACCCACCUCCAACCCCAUCCAUCAUUCCACCGCCGACACAUUCUCUCCGUCAAGCAAUUCACCCAGCGUGAUCUGUACGACCUCUUCGCUCUCGCCCAUGAAAUGCAGCUCCAGGUUGAGCGCAACGGCACCUUGGACAUCCUCAAAGGAAAGGUGCUAUGCACUGCGUUUUAUGAACCGUCAACUAGGACUAGCUCGUCCUUUGACGCCGCCAUGAAACGCUGCGGUGGUCAGGUGGUUCAGAUUACUGCUGAGACCUCUUCUAUCCAGAAGGGCGAGACCUUGGCAGACACUGUUCGGACGCUGGCUUGCUAUGGAGAUGCCAUCGUGCUCCGUCAUCCCGAUGUAGGAAGCGCGCAGAUGGCUGCCAAAUUCUCUCCCGUGCCGAUAAUUAACGCUGGUGACGGAAUCGGGGAGCAUCCCACACAGGCUCUCUUGGACGUCUACACCAUUAGGUCUGAGCUCGGAACUGUCAACGGACGCACGAUCACAUUGUUGGGUGAUCUCAAGAAUGGUCGCACAGUUCACAGCUUGGUGACGCUCUUGUGUCACUACUCCGUCCGACUCAACUUUGUUUCGCCCCCUUCGCUGGCGAUGCCUUCGAGCGUUGUCUCAGCUGCUCGCAAGGCGGGUAUCCCGGUCACCAUCUGCGAGACCUUGGAUGAGGUUCUGUCAGAUACCGAUGUCCUCUACGUCACCCGGGUUCAGAAGGAGAGGUUCGAAAGCGAAACGGAGUGGUUGCAGGUGAAAGAUGCGUACCGAGUGGAUCACGCCGUUCUUUCACGGGCGAAGGAGGACAUGAUUGUAAUGCACCCAUUGCCUCGGGUUAACGAAAUCGACCCCGAAGUCGACUUUGAUUCCCGCCGUGCCGUCUACUUCCGUCAAAUGCGUUAUGGCCUUUUCAUUCGCAUGGCCCUUUUGGCAAGCGUUCUUGCAUGA